UUUUGCAGGACGGUCCCUUGGCCUGCAGGGGGCCGUGGUGGAGGGAGAGCUCAGGCUGUCUGUGGACCAGUGACCGCGCACACGCACAGAAACACGUCGCCGCUUCGCAUGAACCGUGACAGCGGCUCGUCCGUGGCGUGAGGCGCCGACUCUAAACCCGCUCACCUCGCCUCCUCUCCGGGGAUCGGCCCGCAGUCUGCGCCCGCCGGCGGAGUGAGACAUGUCCCGGUGACGUUCCAGACAGGCUCCAUGUUCGCUGCGGUGAAGCCAUGAGAAGGUGACCGGCUGCCGGAGCUGACAGGCGGGCGUCUGCGCCAACAGGACGGCCGUGAGCAGCAGCAGCAGCAGCAGAAGCAGCAGCAGCAGAGGGGCUGACGGUAAAUGAGAGGCCGUCACCAUGCCCCCGGGGAAGUAUGGGAUGCAGGAGGAAUGGGAGAAGGAGGGCGUCUGGGAGAUCAUGAUGGACUUCCUGCUGCCCACUGGGAUCUUCCUCAAAUUCCCUGUGUCUCGGAAUGACACCAUCAACAGCAUCAAAAAAAUGGUUUGGAAAAAUGCCAGGAGCGAGGCCCUCUUCUUCGCCCUGGGCGACCCCGAUGCUUACGUCUUCACCUGCAUCAACCAGACAGCGGAGCGGGAGGAGCUGGAGGAGGAAUCGAGGCGCAUCAGCGACGUGCGGCCCUUCAUGUGCGUGCUGAGGCUGGUGGCGAGGGAGGGCGACCGGGUGGAGAAACUCACCAACACGCAAAUCAGCCUGCUGAUUGGCAAAGGUCUGCAUGAGUUUGAGGCCCAGAAGAACCAUGAGGUGAAUGAGUUUCGGACUAAGAUGCGCACGUUUUGUGAAAACAAGGCCCAGGAGCGGCAGAUGUUGCCAUGGCAGCAGUGGAUGGAGUACAGCUUCCCGUGCGACCGGGAGCCGUGCGGCUCGCCGCCACGCAGCGGGAACCCCAAGUCCAAAAACACCAAGAAGAUGUUCAUUAACGUCAAGUUUGAGGCGUGCGAUGAAAGCUUCAUGCUGCAGCAGGACCCCCAGGACGACCCGAUGGCUCUGAUGAGGAGCGCCCUGAAGAAGAAGGCCACCGUGUUUCGCUCGGUGCGACAGGAGGCUGAGGACUACGCCCUGCAGGUCAACGGGAGGUGGGAGUUCCUCUACGGGAAACAUCCCUUGUGCCAGUUCAAAUACAUUUUCUCGUGUUUGAGAAACGGCCAGAACCCUCAUCUCACCAUGGUGCACCACUCCACCAUCAGCAAGUUCCAGGAGGAACAGGGCAGAAUGUGCAACCAGGUAUUCAAGAGUCGCUCCCAGUCCAGACCUCCUCCGCUGCCGCUGAAGAAGCAGAAUACCUCUUCACUGUGGUCCAUCAACGAGCCGUUCAACAUUCACCUGCUGCAGGGCAGCCGAGUCAACGCAGAUGAAGGGAUGAAGCUUGUGGUGCAGGCCGGUCUGUACCAUGGCAGCGAACUGCUCUGCAAGGUCGUGACCAGCUCGGAGGUGACGGUGUGUUCCGAGCCGCUGUGGGAUCAGAAGCUGGAGUUUGACAUGAACGUGGCCGACCUGCCCCGCAUGAGCCGCCUGUGCUUCGCGCUCUACGCCGUCAUCGAGAAAAAUAAGAAACCCCGCGGCACAAAAAAGAAGAACAAGAAAGCUGAUUGUCCCAUAGCCUGGGUGAACACCAUGGUGUUUGACUACAAGGACCAGUUGAAGACCGGGGAGUUCCUGCUGUCCACAUGGCCGUCUGUUCCUGAUGACAAAAGUGAGCUGUUGAACCCAAUGGGUACGGUCGAGAAGAACCCCAACGUGGACAGUGCUGCAGGGCUGCUCAUUAGUUUCCCCAACAUCCGACCACAUCCUCUUUAUUACCCUCCGCUGGACAAGAUAAAUGACGUAGAGAGGAACGGUGAUGCAGCUGUUGUCACUAAAAUAGAGUACAUGAAACUAAAGGAAAUCAUGGACAACAAAAACUCCACUGAGUUUUUUGAGGAUGAAAAGGAACUCUUGUGGAAGCUCCGGGCUGAAGUUUGCCACCAUUAUCCUGAGAGUUUGUCAAAGCUGCUCCUCAUCACCAAGUGGGGCAAGCGAGAGGACGUAGUUCAGAUGGUGAAUUUACUGAGGAACUGGCCCGACCUCCCUGCCAUCCAUGCCUUAGAGCUCUUAGACUACAGUUUCCCCGACCCAGCGGUGCGUUCUUUCACUAUCAGAUGCCUCAGGAAGCUCAGUGACGAUGAACUACUUCAGUAUUUAAUCCAGCUGGUCCAGGUCCUGAAGUAUGAGUCCUACCUCGACUGUGACCUCACCACUUUCUUGCUGGAGAGGGCUUUGUCCAACAAUAGGAUUGGACAUUUUCUGUUUUGGCAUCUCAGGUCGGAGAUUCAUGUGGCGUCUGUGACUUUGCGCUUUGGCCUGAUUCUGGAGGCAUACUGCAGAGGAAACAUCCACCACAUAAAGCUCUUAACCAAACAGAACGAGGCUCUGGGCAAAAUGAAGGCCCUGAGUGACUUUGUCAAGUCAGGCUCCCAGAAGAUGACGGUAGAGGACCUGAAACUGUGUAUCAGACAGGAGUCAUACCUGGAGGCCCUGUCAGACCUUCUGUCACCACUCAACCCCAGCAUCAUCCUCACCGAGAUCUGUGCAAAUAAGUGCAGAUUUAUGGACUCCAAGAUGAAGCCUCUCUGGUUGAUGUACGAGAACCACUGGGCUCCAGGAGACAUGGUGGGCAUCAUCUUCAAGAACGGAGAUGAUCUCCGACAAGACAUGUUGACCCUCCAGAUGAUCAAGCUCAUGGCGACGUUAUGGAAGAAAGAAGGCCUUGAUCUCAGGAUGAUCCCAUAUGGCUGCUUGUCCACUGGGAACAAGAUGGGACUCAUCGAGGUAGUGAAGAACUCGGACACCAUCGCCAACAUCCAGCGCAACAACAGCAACAGUGCCGCCACAGCUGCAUUCAACAAGGACGCCCUGCUCAACUGGCUCAAAUCUAAGAAUCCUGAGGACAAACUUGAUGAAGCCAUAGAAGAGUUCACGCUGUCCUGUGCUGGCUACUGUGUAGCUACUUACGUCUUGGGCAUUGGAGAUCGUCACAAUGACAAUAUCAUGAUCAGGGAAACUGGACAGCUGUUCCACAUUGACUUUGGGCAUUUCCUGGGCAACUUCAAGCGGAAACUUGGGAUCAACAGGGAGCGUGUGCCUUUCAUUCUGACGUACGACUUUGUUCAUGUGAUCCAGCAAGGAAGGACAAACAACAGCGAAAAGUUUGAGAGGUUCAGGGAGUACUGUGAGUGGGCCUACAAGAUCCUGUGUCGGAACGGGACGCUGUUCGUGAACCUCUUCGCUAUGAUGAAGGCAGCAGGACUGCCAGAGCUCAGUUCCUUCAAAGACAUCCAGUAUCUAAAGGAUUCUUUAGCUUUGGGCAAAUCCGAGGAAGAGGCACUGAAGAAUUUCAAAGUAAAGUUCAAUGAAGCGCUGCGAGAGAGCUGGAAGACCAAGGUCAACUGGAUGAUGCACUCUUUGGCCAAAGAUAAUAGACCAUGAACACUGAACACCUGAGGACAAGCCAAGAAAUUAUGGAUUUUACCUUUAUGGAGAUAAAAGGGAAGAAAACCCAAUCAGAUAUUUGACUUUAUCAAUGGUACUUAAACAUAUUCAGUGAUUGUUUACAUCUGUCUGGCCAGUCUGUGGUAAAUGAAGACCAAGUGGAGGCAUCCAAAGACAAUGAGAGAAUCAUGGAGCCUUGUUUCAAACAGUGGAAUGCCUUUAUCUCUCGGACAAAUCGAAUGUGCUUUUGAUUUGUUUAAAACUGUUACUUGAAGACCACCUGCUAAUGUGAUGUGAUGAAUGUAUCAUGAAUCACUGGAACAGAAGCAGAGACUGAAACUUCAUUUCACCAACUGCAUCAUUACUCACCAGGGAUAUUGAUUUUAGAUGACACAUUUCAGUCACAGAGUUUAAUAACAGGGCGGCACUUUCACCUCAAGACUUUCAUAUGGAUGGAUGGCUGUGUCGUUUCCUCUCAUUUCAACUGCCUAUUUGCAAUUGUGUCUUUUUUUUAAAUUCUAUUGUAUUUUAUUUAAUUUGAUAACUUUGAAGAACUUGUACAAAGUCAUGAAGGAUAUUUUUUAAAGAUGUUGCAUUUUACUGCUGUAUCACUUAAUGAUUUGUAAUAUUGCCUUUAAGUACGAUAUGUUGCCUUUUGUGUGCCAGUAGAAAGAAAACAUAGAAGCAUUCACAAUUUUAUCGAAAGAUGAGAACAAAGCCCUGAAUAGGACCUUUCUUUUGAUAAUAUCCCGCUGUACCAGGCUGUGACUCCAAACAGCCUCACAAAACACCAACUACUUAUUAGAGGAAUAGUAUAUUGUGGUAAAUAUGCUUAUCUGCAUUUUUAUAUAGAGUAAGAUGCGAACUCACAUGUUUGCCAGUUAGCUUAGCUUAGUACAAAGAGUGGGAAAAAGGUGGAGACAACUCUGGUUUCAUGGAUGGUGGGAGUCAGACAGAGUCGGGGUGCUGCAAGGUUUAUUAAAUUUAGUGGCCAACAACCUUUUGCACCAGUUUUAGAGCAUUUCACACUACAACAGACAGCAGAUGAGAUCAUCUUCCAGUCAAAGCAGUAUAAGAGCAGAAAUGGACAGCUCACACGUCUCAGUUGUGCGAGAUGUUAUCUUGCCUGUUCUACAUUUGUGCAUCAGAUAGGAUACACAUAAAAUCCACAGAAUAUUCUUAAAGUUAAAUAUUAAAACAUUAUUAAAAAAUGCUAUUAGGCUACUCUCAAAAUGUUGCUCUAGAAAUUUAGAUUAAAUAAAAAUUUAACAGGCAAUGAUUUUUUGCCUUUGGCUUACACCCUUUUGCCAGUAGGGGUGCUGCAGACCCCUCGCCAGCCCAACUUCCAGCGUCCAUGUCUAGUUCUGGCUGAAGGAGACAAUAUCAGCACUUCUUAAAGAUAAAAACAUGUUUACUUGCAAGUUGGGUAGAAAGUUUUUUACCUCAGACUGUUUCCUGUAUUUGAGCGAAGCUAAGCUUACUGUCUAACAGAUAGAUUCCAUUAAUGACAUGACUGCCAUUAGCACCUGGACAAAGAGAUGAUCUCAGGCCUACAGCAGAGAUGUUACAGGUGUUUGGUGACUAUAACAGACAAUUAUAUUAAAUAAUAUUUUAAAAACCUGUAUCAGUAAAACCCUAAAUGAGACAAUCGGUUGGCAGAUGUAAGCCAUAGACGUGUGGUUGUGUAACAGUUCACUUGGCCCUCUUGAAAGUUAACUUUCUCAGAUGAUGCAGUAUCCGUGUCUGUGUGUUUAUGAGCGUCUGUUGUUUUCUGAUAUUUAAGCUAUGCAUUGUGAUUCUCAUUGUAUUUUUUCAACUGAUGUGCCAGGUGGCAUGAAAGUGAUAUGUCAUGAUCGACCAGAUGUCUGUUUAAGUGAGCCUGUGUGCUGGAUGAUUCAAUAUCAUGUUGUCUUCACAUUCAUUUACAUGCUGUAUAUCAGUCCUGCAAGGACCGGUUGAAUGAAAGAAGAUGAUGUGCUUUUCAUAUCCUUCUUAAGAGGUGAAAUGAUCUCUACCGUUUGUAUGAGUCUCCGUACGAUGAUGACUUUAAGAGAAGAGCGAGUGUAGCUGUUGAUUAUACAGCAUCAACACCUUAAACUACUGAAAUAUUCACUGCGGAACAGACUUUAAAUAUGGGUCAUCAGUGCAGAGUUAGUAAAACACUUCUGCUUUAAGCAAGAAGGAGUGAGUCUACUCAAUUAAUGGGCUAUUUUUGCAAAUUGUAAAAUAUGCUGCUGUUGCCUUUUGAUUGAUUUGUAAUUCAUUGUUUUGAGGCUCAGGCCUGAUUCACAUGUGUGCAGCUGAAACAUUUCUCCUUUGCUUCAUUUGCUCUCAGGAGGGAAACAUACUCUCAAUAAACAGUUUGCAAAAGCA